CCGAGGAUCAUUAACGGCUAAGCAGCUGAACGAGCUGGCAUUCGUUCAGAGCUCCAAAGAUCGCGCCCGACAAUUUCUUGUGCACCACCCUAUUUAGCCACCCCCUCCCCCCCAAUAAGAAACAAAGGGAAAGGACAGUUCUCCUGAAAGAAUUGCUGCAGAGCCACAAUGCCUCUCAACGCUGGCGCUUCCCUAUACCGACGGUCUUUGAAACUUGCCCUUGAUUGGGCCGUCCACCGACAGAUCUGGAGAGGACAGGCAGUGUAUAUUCGCUCACUCUUUGAGGCCAAUAAGGACGUUCGUGACCCUCGUCAGCAAAAGGUAUUGCUUCAAGAGACAGAGAAAUUACUGGAGACCUGGAAACAUCCCGAUCCUUAUCGCGCGCCUACCGCUCCAGGUGGCAGCAAAUACGAGAGGAACCUUCCCGCUCCCCAAUUGCCCCUUGCUUCGGAAAGCGCCGCGCACCACUGAAUAUCGCCAUAUUAACUGCCUUACGCAGACCAUCCUGUCCGAUAGUUCUAUACAUGGAAUAAAACUGACUGGUCUACUACUACCCCCUGCUUGGGAAGCCCAUACGAGCCCCAACAUUGGAAAAACCAAUCCGGAAGACAUCAUUGGCCAUUCUGGGCCGAAGACAUGCUGCCCACACUCUAAUCGGAAGGAAACUUGAAUCCAUGAAAAUGCUGUCGGUAUCAUUCCAUGUCCGUAGACAUAAUGUACAACCAUAAAC